AAUUCGGCGAGGCCGCGCCAGCAACCAAUUGGGAGAGAGGAGGGGGUGAGCUAGCGCCGCCGACGAGCCAAUGGCAGGCGACGGAGGAUAACGCUGAGGACAUGGCGGCCGUGGUCGAAGAGCUCGCGGACGUGUCGGGCCGCUCCAUAACCCGGGUCGGUGCCCAAGAAGCGGAGCAGCUGCCUUAUUAGUAUUCGUACCCACGAGGCGGCGCAGCGGGCCCUUGGGGAGCGCCAGCAUCGCGGCCAUGGCUUAUCACUCAGGCUACGGAGCCCACGGCUCCAAGCACAGGGCCCGGGCAGCUCCAGAUCCCCCUCCCCUCUUCGAUGACACAAGCGGUGCUUACUCCAGCCAGCCAGGGGGAUACCCAGCCCCAGGAGCCGAUGUGGCCUUCAGUGUCAACCACUUGCUUGGGGACCCAGUGGCCAACGUGGCUAUGGCCUAUGGCAGCUCCAUCGCAUCCCACGGGAAGGACAUGGUGCACAAGGAGCUGCGCCGUUUUGUGUCUGUCAACAAACUCAAGUAUUUUUUUGCUGUGGACACAGCCUAUGUGGCCAAGAAGCUCGGUCUACUGGUCUUCCCCUACAGACACCAGAACUGGGAGGUACAGUCCAGCCGCGAUGUGCCUCUGCCGCCGCGGCAAGAUCUCAACGCCCCUGACCUCUAUAUCCCCACAAUGGCCUUCAUUACCUACGUGCUGUUGGCUGGGAUGGCACUGGGCAUUCAGAAAAGGUUCUCCCCAGAGGUGCUGGGCCUGUGUGCAAGCACGGCGCUGGCGUGGGUCGUGAUGGAAGUGCUAGCCCUGCUCCUGGGCGUCUAUCUGGCCACCGUGCGCAGUGACCUGAGCACCUUCCACCUGCUAGCCUACAGCGGCUACAAAUAUGUGGGGAUGAUCCUCAGCGUGCUCACAGGGCUGCUCUUUGGCAGUGAUGGCUACUAUGUGGCACUGGCCUGGACUUCGUCUUCACUCAUGUACUUCAUUGUGCGCUCUUUGCGAACAGCAGCCCUGGCUCCUGACAACAUGGGGGGCCCAGCUCCCCGGCAGCGUCUCCAGCUCUACCUGACCCUGGGAGCUGCAGCCUUCCAGCCCCUCAUCAUAUAUUGGCUGACCUUCCACCUGGUCCGGUGACCCCUGACCCCCACUGGCACUGAUUUUGCCAUACAUUGAAGAUUUGGGAUUUCCUUGAUUGUAUUUGACCCUUGUUCCUGGGGCCUGGGGUGGGGGUCUCUCCAUUGCCCAGGGUUUACCGGGCUCAGG